AUGGAUGCCACCCAGGCACCGUUCACUAACGGCAAUGUGAGCCCGGUGUACGGAGCGGCGGGCGAAGAAGGUCCACCGGGUGGUGGGAAUUUAGGAGGCGUUGGAGAAAGAUAUCAGAGGACCCCGAAAUGCGCCCGUUGUCGCAACCACGGCGUGGUGUCGGCUUUGAAGGGGCACAAGCGCUACUGCCGUUGGAGAGAUUGCGCAUGUGCUAAGUGUACACUCAUCGCCGAGAGACAGCGGGUUAUGGCGGCUCAGGUGGCCCUUAGGAGACAACAAGCGCAGGAGGAGAACGAGGCUCGCGAGCUGAGCGUACUCUACGGAUGUCACGAGGGAAUCAUGGCGAUGCAUCGUGCAGGACUCACCUUCUCGGCAGCAAUGUCGCAUCUCCUGGGCAAAAAGAAAGACGGCUCAGGGGACGACGCCAGCUCUUCGGGAGCAGCGGCCACCGAGACGGAAAAGGAACAAUCUCUUCCUACAGUGCCCGAAUGGAAGAAACUUUUGACCGACGGCUCAGCAGGCUCAAAUGCGAACAAUUUCGAAAACUCUGCUGAAGCCCGCCAAAGUUCUAGUCCUGUGAGCAAUCGCGUAGACAUCGAAGAACAUCCGUCAAACCUCAGUCACUCAGUUGCGAAUAUCGACGAAAAGCCUCUUGCCUUGGAUGUCGCCAGUGGAAAUAGAUCACCUUCUCGCUGGAGAGAAACAAGCGAAACCAAAGAUUCUCUCGACAUUAUCCCUUCAAAACAAGCAACGAAGAUCUCAGCUGUCACCCAUGAUACCCUUCUCAGGAGAUCGCCUUCACCGAACAAAUCGCCGAUCGCCGCGUUCGGUAACUACAAUAAAGCAGACAACAGCAAACGACGUCCUCUGGACACAUUAUCGAAAUUGUUCCCUCACAAAGAAUCCCCGAUCCUGGCGGCAACCCUGGCCCGUUUCGGGGGAGACGUAUGUGCAGCCAUAGAGGAGCUCAUGACUGGGUCUCCGGCACCUUCCUCCCCUAGUCCGGUCGCGAGAUCCUCCUCGUCGCCGGCUUCUUCAGAUGAUAAAGAACGAGAACCCAAGACGGAACGGCUCGGACCGGUAUUCCCUCAGACGACGACAACGACGAGCUCGCCUUCGGCUGUCAGUCAAGCAGCAGCAGCGGCCUAUUUCGCCGACCAGUUUCGUCAGCAUCGACCUUACGGAGGUCUCUUGCCGGCUUUACCUCGAUCCCUUCUUAAUUUACCGGCGUAUCCCGGCCUGUUCCCACCCGCCGCACCUCUUUUUGGUCUUGGAGGAAAUCUGCUCAACCUCCGGACUUGCACGGAGGUCGAAGCCGAGCCCCUGACGAAAAAACGUAGAUUUCAGGAUACGCCGCCCGCCGACUGGAUGCACAGUCCCGACUCGGUAGGCUCCCCGCUCGACAUGAAGGACACCGAUUGA